GCAGGCGCGCGGCCGCGGCGGCGGUUGGGGAGGGUUCUUCCGGAAGGUUCGGGAGGCUUCUGGAAAAGGCGCCGCGCGCCGGGCGGGCCCGCGUCUAUAUAAAGGGAGCGCGGGGGCGGCGCGCCAGUUGCUUCUGCGUCCUGGUGCUGCGUCGUCGCGGAGCCCGUGUGGUCCUUUAGCCGAGAUGCCCGAGGAAACCCAGACCCAAGACCAGCCGAUGGAGGAGGAGGAGGUGGAGACGUUCGCCUUCCAGGCGGAGAUCGCCCAGUUGAUGUCCCUGAUCAUCAACACUUUCUACUCGAAUAAAGAGAUUUUCCUGCGCGAGCUGAUUUCCAACUCAUCCGAUGCUCUGGACAAAAUCAGAUAUGAGAGCUUGACUGAUCCCAGCAAGUUAGAUUCCGGGAAAGAGCUGCACAUUAAUCUCAUUCCAAACAAGCAAGAUCGAACCCUCACUAUUGUGGAUACCGGGAUUGGCAUGACCAAGGCCGAUUUGAUCAAUAAUCUCGGUACUAUCGCCAAGUCUGGGACCAAAGCGUUCAUGGAAGCUUUGCAGGCUGGCGCGGAUAUUUCUAUGAUCGGCCAGUUUGGUGUCGGGUUCUAUUCUGCCUAUUUGGUUGCCGAGAAAGUGACGGUGAUCACCAAGCAUAACGAUGAUGAGCAGUACGCCUGGGAGUCUUCUGCAGGAGGGUCGUUCACAGUCAGGACUGAUACAGGUGAACCUAUGGGUCGAGGAACAAAGGUUAUCUUGCAUCUGAAAGAAGACCAAACGGAAUACCUGGAGGAAAGAAGAAUAAAGGAGAUUGUGAAGAAACACUCCCAGUUUAUCGGCUAUCCUAUCACUCUCUUUGUGGAGAAGGAGCGGGAUAAAGAGGUCAGUGAUGAUGAGGCUGAAGAAAAGGAAGAGAAAGAGGAAGAAAAAGAAAAGGAAGAGAAGGAGUCCGAUGACAAGCCUGAAAUAGAAGAUGUUGGUUCCGAUGAGGAGGAGGAAGAAAAGAAGGACGGAGACAAGAAGAAGAAGAAGAAGAUCAAGGAGAAGUACAUCGAUCAAGAAGAACUGAACAAGACCAAACCUAUUUGGACCAGAAACCCUGACGACAUUACUAACGAAGAGUACGGAGAAUUUUACAAGAGCUUGACCAACGACUGGGAGGAUCACUUGGCAGUGAAGCAUUUUUCGGUCGAAGGACAGUUGGAAUUCAGAGCCCUGCUUUUUGUCCCAAGACGUGCUCCCUUUGACCUGUUUGAAAACAGGAAGAAAAAGAACAACAUCAAGCUGUAUGUGCGCAGAGUUUUCAUCAUGGAUAACUGCGAGGAGCUGAUCCCGGAAUACCUGAAUUUCAUUAGAGGUGUGGUGGACUCCGAGGAUCUUCCCCUGAACAUUUCCCGGGAGAUGUUGCAGCAGAGCAAGAUCUUAAAAGUUAUCCGCAAGAAUUUGGUCAAAAAGUGCUUAGAACUCUUCACCGAACUGGCCGAAGACAAAGAGAACUACAAGAAGUUUUACGAGCAGUUCUCUAAGAACAUUAAGCUCGGAAUCCACGAGGACUCCCAGAACCGGAAGAAGCUGUCGGAGCUGUUGCGCUACUACACGUCUGCCUCUGGUGACGAGAUGGUGUCUCUCAAGGACUAUUGCACCAGGAUGAAGGAGAACCAGAAGCACAUCUACUACAUCACAGGGGAGACCAAGGACCAGGUGGCGAACUCGGCCUUUGUGGAGCGUCUUCGGAAGCACGGUCUGGAGGUGAUCUAUAUGAUCGAGCCGAUCGAUGAGUACUGUGUCCAACAGCUGAAGGAAUUUGAGGGGAAGACUUUAGUGUCCGUCACCAAAGAGGGCUUGGAACUUCCAGAAGAUGAAGAAGAGAAAAAGAAACAGGAGGAGAAGAAGACAAAGUUUGAAAACCUGUGCAAGAUCAUGAAGGACAUCUUGGAGAAAAAAGUGGAAAAGGUGGUUGUGUCAAACCGACUGGUGACCUCCCCGUGCUGCAUUGUCACGAGCACGUACGGCUGGACGGCGAACAUGGAGAGGAUCAUGAAGGCCCAGGCCCUGAGGGACAACUCCACCAUGGGCUACAUGGCAGCGAAGAAGCACCUGGAGAUCAACCCCGACCACUCCAUCAUCGAGACCUUGCGGCAGAAGGCGGAGGCGGACAAGAACGACAAGUCCGUGAAAGACCUGGUCAUCCUGCUCUACGAAACCGCGCUCCUGUCCUCUGGCUUCAGUCUGGAAGACCCACAGACUCACGCUAACCGGAUCUACAGGAUGAUCAAACUGGGUCUGGGUAUCGACGAAGAUGACCCCACCGCCGACGACAGCAGUGCUGCGGUGACCGAGGAGAUGCCACCCCUGGAAGGCGACGACGACACGUCGCGCAUGGAAGAGGUCGACUGAGCGCCGCCCCGAGGAUUCCUUGUAUAUGUACUCGAUGCUUUAUCCCGUUCCCUCCGACGAUCUAUUUUCAAGGAUGUUUUUUCUUUAUUUUUGUUAACGUUUUAAAAAUCUGUAAGGCAUGACGAGAGCUACUUACGGGGAAGAUAAGAUUUCUUUCUGUUCGAGUGUGAUACUGUGAUGCGUAGAAACUGAAGCCCGGCUAGUUGUUUUGUUUGUUUGUUUGGGUUUUGUUUUUUUUGUUUUUUUUUAGUGCCACGCUGGCUGCUCUUCCAGGACAAGGUAACGUUUGUCGCAAGGUGUACGUAACCUCCCGUGAACCGCGUGGUCUGAAGUGUUCACGACAAGCGGAUUCCCUAGUAAGACCAAACUCGUCUGUCACUGAAGUGUUCUGAGCUAUACCUUGGUGUUUAAAGGAAAAAUCUCGGUUGAAACAACUUUCACCUUCUAGGAUUUACUUUUCAAAUCUUCUGUCCCCUGUAGUUAUUUGCUGCAUGUACCAGGCCUCUAGAAACUAGUGUGUUAAACCGAACCAACUUGAUGGGAGUAACUAUAGGGCUUGUUUCCCAAAGAGAAGAGCGUUGUUUAGAGUAGCGAAAUUCGAAGGCUGCUUAGGCGCGUUGUAAAGCUGUUGGGGAAAUAACUCCACAAUUUCGUGAGUGGAAAUGUAGUGCUCGAGACACAUUCUGCUUUAAAAGGUUGUAACAAAUACAAACAAAUUUAAAAAAAGCUCUGCGAAAAUGUUUUGUGUGGGGAAGUGGGGUUCCAAAAUACAGGGCGGCCCCGGGUUGUAAAAAAUUGGGGUGCACACACGCUGCCUGCUGGGAGACGGAGGGCGGUGGUUGACGUUGCCGGCCUGAAGUCGUCUGUGACCUUCCCAGUGCGCGCUCAGGUGGCGGCUCUGGGGUCAGGAGCACAUUCUGGAACCACACGGAAGAGAAGGGACCAUCACACAACACGCGUUCUGUGUCCUAUGUUACAUUUCCUAAUGACUCCUUUCUCCUUGGAUUUUUACGUCCAAACGGCUUUUCUGUAGUGUUUGUAAGACCUGCCUUAUGCCCUAAAUAUAGCUCCUUAAUACCUCA